CCAAAAAGUAUAUAAGCAUCAACCUCAAUUCUCAACCAGUCUUGCCAGCAGGAUGUCUAACAGAAGCCUGCUCACAUAUGUCCUGAUAUCAAGCUUCAUUCUUAGCAUUCUCAUUGACCAGGCAUCUGCAUAUGGCCCACAUAAAUAUGACUGUUGUAUAAACUACACCCAAAAGCCAGUACCCAUCAGAUUUAUAAAAGGGUACAUAGAACAAAGCUCCCUUAAAGUCUGCAGCAUUGAUGCAAUCAUAUUCCUUACUGUUCAGGACAAAAAGGUGUGCGCCAACUCAAAAGAUGCCUGGGUUAAAUCUGCUAUGAGACGUCUCAGCUAUAGGCUGAAGCAGCUGUCUAAAAAGAGUCCUGGCGGAAAUGGAGACGGGAAAAGGGCUAUUCCUGGCACUUUCACAGCAAUCGCGACUCCAGCAGCUCCAUAAACCGCAAAAAAACAUGACUAUUACUAAACCUUUCACGAAAAUAGAUUAGAGCUUUUACAGUUUUUUUUAUGAUUUGUUUUAUUGCUUCAAUUGGGACUGUUAUACAGUAUAGUAUACUGUAUGUGGUUGUGUCUUCCCAGGUGGCUGAGGGCUAUACCUUAUGCCUCACAACUAAUGCUCCAGGUUUAUUUGGACAGUCUAGGACUAUUCACUUUGUUUAAACUCACACAACAAUGCAUUCUGGUACCUGUAAGUCUUGCAUCUCUGUAAGAAAAAGAGAUAACACACACAUAAAAAAAUAUUGCAAAGGUAAGAAAGUAAGGAUAAACUUCAAAAUACAGUUACAUUAAGUACAUAGUUAUACUGUAGGUGUGAUUUACUAAUAUAACAUAAUAUAUUGGGUAAAUAAAUAAAUCUGUCUUGGUGAACCUGAAGCGAGAUGGUCAACCUACUCCACAGUCUCACUACAACUAGUAAACCAUAAAUUAUCUCUUUAUAAGCUAUUAAAACACAAUUAGCCUGAAUUUAUCAAUUUUGCAUUAAAUUUUUUUUCUUUCUUUCUCAUAAUGUUAAAAUAAAAAUCAAUUUGUUUUAAAUACA